UCGCGGGGCUCCGGCCGCGGCGCGGAGCGGAGCGGGACCGGGGGAGCCAGCGCCCCGAUGGCAUCACCCAUCCUCAGCUCUGCCACCGCUCCCCUGCUUUCCCCUCGGCAGGACGGGGCUGAGCACUUGGGCUGAACAAUAGCGGCUGGAAAACAAUGGAGCGGCUGCACCUUGGUGCUUAGGGACACCGGACGGACGGACGGACGGAAUCCCAGCUCCAAAAAUAACGCCUGGGCCGGAGCCACCACGACACCGGCUCACGGCAGCCGCCCACCCAGCACCGUGGGGCCAGGGAAGGAUCUGCCGGCAGGAGCUCAGCUCCCAUGAAAGAGGAGCAGGAGGAUGGAUUACGGCGGCUGCGAGCUCCUGGUUCCCUGUGGCAAAGACAAAUACAUCUCCAAAAAUGAGCUGCUCUUACACUUGAAGACCUACAACAUCUACUACGAAGGGCAAAAUCUGCAGCUGCGGCACCGGGAGGAGGAAGGGGAACUGAUCGUGGAAGGGCUGCUGAACAUCUCCUGGGGCUUGCGGCGCCCGAUCCGCCUCCAGAUGCAGGACGACAAUCAGCGCAUCCGGCCCCCGCCCUCCUCCUCCUCCUGGCACUCGGGCUGCAACCUGGGAGCCCACGGCUCUGUGCUGAAGCCCAGCACCUUGCCAGACAUCCAGGUCACGGACGCGGAGCCCACGCCGAGCACGGAGGCUCCAGGGAAUGUCACAGGCAGCAAGGGGGGGCCGGAGGAGACGCCGCAGCUGAUGCGGACGCGGAGCGACGUGGGCGUGCGGCGCAGGGGCAGCUCCCGCACGCCCAGCGAGCAGCGCCGCAUCCGCCGCCACCGCUUCUCCAUCAACGGACACUUCUACAACCAUAAGACCUCGGUGUUCACGCCGGCGUACGGCUCUGUCACCAACGUCCGGAUAAACAGCACCAUGACCACCCCCCAGGUCCUUAAGCUGCUGCUCAACAAAUUCAAGAUCGAAAACUCAGCAGAGGAGUUUGCCCUUUACAUCGUCCACACCAGUGGAGAGAAGCAGAAGCUCCGAGCCAGCGACUACCCCCUGAUCGCCCGCAUCCUGCAGGGGCCCUGCGAGCAGGUCUCCAAGGUCUUCCUCAUGGAGAAGGACCAGGUGGAAGAAAUCACCUAUGAUGUUGCCCAGUACAUCAAAUUCGAGAUGCCUGUCCUCAGGAGCUUCAUCCAGAAGCUGGAGGAAGAGGAGGAUCGGGAAGUGAAGAAGCUAAUGCGCAAGUACUCCAUCCUCCGGCUGAUGAUCGAGCAGAGGCUGGAGGAGAUCUCUGAAGGUCCAACAGCCAUGUGAAAGGCUUCACCAGCACCCUGGCUCGGGGUUGUACCACACCAAGGUCCGAUGCACUGUACCAAAUCCCACACCUCCACCGUUCCUGGAGCGCUCCCGAUGUCCACCUGGAUCGCUCCAGCUCUGAGCCAACCCAUCCCCCACACCCUCAGCUGUGCAGCAUCCUCGGGGGCCCCCCCUCUGCAGAUGGGGAUUUUCCCAGCAAGGCUCUGGCCAGUGGCAGCUUCAGCCAAAACCUCACAUCCCUGGAAAUCAUCAGGGGAAAAUCAGGAGGAGAUCCACGAGCAGGGCAAAGCCACCACAGGCAGACGCCGGCUGCAAGCAUUCGGGAGCAAGACUUUCACAGCUCCAUGGAAUGGGUUGAGUUGGAAGGGACCUUCAAGAUCAGCCAGUUCCAACCCCCUGCCAGGGGCAGGGACACCUCCCACCAGCCCAGCUUGCUCAAGGCCUCAUCCAGCCUGGCUUUGAGCACCUCCAGGGAGGAAACAUCCAUGACUUUGGGACUCAAGUUAACGAGGUUCCCCUCCAGUGAUGCCCACCGUGGCUGCUGGGGGAGGACUCACAAGAGAGCACAACUAACUCCUCUUUAGACACACACACAAAAAGCACAUUUCUAUUGCAAUAAUUGGCAGGUGAAGGGAAGCUCCAAAAAAUCCAAAGGGUGGGCUGAGAACUGGGG